GAGCAGAGCUGAUAGCUUAUACAGUCAGAGAUCAGACCAUAUGCUUCAGGUGGAUUAAGUCAACCUAAAACGCCUACUUUUUUUUUCUGCAGUCAUGGGCUGUAGGAUACAAAAAUACAACUGAGUUACAUUUGAAACUGAAUUUGGAAGCUUCAGACAUGUCUGGGAGGAAGAUAGUUAAUCAAAUCUGGCAACCCAGCAACUCUAGCAGGCUUGUUUUUUUAGUACCACUGGCACAGGACACAGUGAGCUUGACAUUUGGAACAGCUCUUGCGAUACAGAAAAUAAACUUGAUUAAAGAUAAGCAAUAGCCAAGAUUUUGAUGUCAACUGGAGAGUGCUAUCAAGAAUAUCAGGAGUAGAGCUCUAAAGAUUUAAUAGCUACUGAUCCAUGGAGCCUAUAUAUGCCACCGGAGUAGCUGCUCGACUGAGGAGUGAGUGGGACCGCAGUGAAGGUUUAGGUCAGAAUGAUAGGGCUCUGAAGUUCCUUGGUCAAGACUUUGAGUCUAUGCGUGCAAGCUGCCUUAAAAGUGGCCGUUUAUAUGAGGAUGAAACCUUCCCAGCCCAACCUUCCUCACUAGGAUUCAAGGAUCUGGCACCUGGCUCUGCCAAAACCAAAGGAGUAUGCUGGAAGAGACCCACGGAGUUCUGUACUGACCCACACUUCAUCGUAGAUGGAGCAACUCGCACAGACAUCUGCCAAGGAGCUCUAGGGGACUGUUGGCUGCUGGCGGCCAUCGCAUGUCUUACUCUGAAUGAACCAUUACUGCAUCGUGUGGUACCUCAUGGCCAGAGCUUCCAUGAGCAAUACGCUGGAAUCUUUCACUUCCAGUUUUGGCAGUUUGGGGAAUGGGUUGAUGUAGUGAUCGAUGAUCGUCUGCCAGUAAGAGAUGGCAAGCUUCUGUUUGUUCACUCAGCUGAAGGGGCAGAGUUCUGGAGUGCACUAGUGGAGAAGGCAUAUGCCAAGUUGAAUGGUUGUUACGAGGCGCUCUCAGGAGGCUGCACCUCUGAGGGGUUUGAAGAUUUUACUGGCGGCGUUACAGAAAUGUAUGAACUAAAGAAAGCUCCAGCCAACCUCUUCAGCAUCAUCCGAAGAGCUGUAGAGAGAGGAUCUCUAAUGGGAUGCUCUAUAGAUAUCACUGGUUUCUUUGACAUGGAAGCAGUCACCUUCAAAAAGCUGGUGAAAGGUCAUGCUUAUUCUGUUACAGGAGUAGAGGAGGUGGAAUUUAAAGGAACCCUUGUAAAGUUGCUUCGCAUCCGGAACCCGUGGGGAGAGGUGGAAUGGACUGGAGCCUGGAGUGAUAAUUCCAAGGAGUGGAAAGGGAUUGAUCCUUCGCUAAAGGACCGUCUGCAUAAUUGCCAGGAAGAUGGAGAGUUCUGGAUGUCUUAUAAUGAUUUCAAGAAGGAGUUCAGCAGGUUGGAGAUCUGUAAUCUGACAGCAGAUGCACUACAAAGCAUGGAGCUGAAGAGGUGGAACUCAACCCUGUACCCAGGGGAGUGGAGGAGAGGCAGCACGGCGGGAGGCUGCAGGAACUACCCAGCAACAUUUUGGAUCAACCCCCAGUAUAAAAUCAUACUAAAGGACCCAGACAAUGAGGGCCAAGAUGGCUGCAGUUUUCUGGUGGCGCUCAUGCAGAAGAAUCGGCGGCUGUUGCGACGAGAGGGCAAGGACAUGGAAACGAUCGGAUAUGCCAUUUACGAAGUUCCCAAAGAGUUUCUGGGCAGCACAGGUGUGCAUCUGAAGCGUGACUUCUUCCUCAAAAACACAUCCAGCGCUCGCUCUGAGCUGUUCAUCAACCUCCGGGAGGUGAGCUCACGCUUCUGUCUGCCUGCAGGGGAGUACAUUAUCGUUCCCUCCACAUUUGAACCCCACAAAGAGGGCGAUUUUGUGUUGAGGGUUUUCUCUGAGAAAGCCACAGAAUCUGAGGAGCUUGAUGACGAGUUUUCUGCAGAUCUACCAGAUGAUCCUGUACUACAGGAGAGUGAGAUUGAUGAAGGAUUCAAAGCUCUUUUCUUCAAGCUGGCUGGAAAGGAAAUGGAGAUUGACAUACCAAAGUUGAAAGUGAUUCUAAACCGCGUCGUGAGCAAACAUAAGGACUUAAAAACAAAUGGUUUUGAGAAGGAGGCCUGCAGAAGCAUGAUUAAUCUCCUGGAUACAACCGGUAAAGGAAGAUUGGGCUUAACAGAUUUUCACGUGCUUUGGGAGAAGAUUAAACGAUAUCUUGCUGUGUUUAGAGAAUUUGACUUGGACAAGUCAGGCACCAUGAACUCCUAUGAAAUGCGCCUGGCUUUAGAAUCCGCAGGAUUCAAGCUGAGCAACCACAUUUUCCAGCUAAUAAUCUUACGCUACGCUAAGCCAGACAUGAAUGUGGACUUCGACAGCUUUGUGACUUGUCUGAUCCGCCUGGAGAGCAUGUUCAAGACAUUUAAAGCCAUGGACACAGAUGCAGAUGGAGUGGUGUCUUUCAAUUUCUCCCAGUGGAUCUCCCUUACCAUGUUUACAUAGACAUGUUUUACUUUUCCACUGCACUUAAAUCUUAAGCAUGUCAAAGAUUGUGCAUUUGAACCUUAAAGAAGUUAUGUGAAAAAUCUUCUGCCUGCAUUACAAAGAACUUACUGCGUACUGAGCUGCCUUAACUUGAACCGAUUCUUCUGUGAAACGCUGGAAUCAUCUGCAUUUAUUAUUUUUUAACUAAUCAGAUUAACUCAUUAACUAAUCCAGUUUUCUAACAGUUAUGGUGCUUAUUUUGUCUUUCUCUGAAGAGCAACUACUCCAUGAAAUGAAUAAAUCAUAAAGUAUGUUCAUCUUGUAUUUUCUGUUGUCCUAGUUAGUUAGACAUGGUGUGCACAAGUCAUGCCAGCCGCCACUGAUCUAUUCUUAACACUCAAACAGCAGUCAAACCAAUAGUCAGAUGUUGUGUCUAAGUUCCCUUAACAUAUGUGUGUGUCAGCUGGUGAAACCCCAUCAGAUGUCACUCGGUUCUUGAAGUUCUUGAAAUCAACCGAUCAUUACAACGUACGCAUUCACACGAGGUGACAGAAAACUGAAAAUAUAAAUUUUACUCUUUCAAUUUAUUCCAUUAAUCAUGUCAGCAAGACAUUAUUAGGAUUAAUAAAUAACAUACACUCCCUAACUCAUUUAUCUGAAUCACCUGCUCAUUAUUCGCUCGGCCAAUCGUGUGGCAGCAGCAUCAUGCACGAGAUUAUAAUUUAAAUCCUUUUAGUUAAUAUUCACAUUAAACAGUAGUUUAGAAUUUAUUUUGGAUAGUGGAAAAACCAAAUUGGGUUCAACAGAAAAGUGGACACAGGUUUAACAUAACUGAUAAAAGAUUUUUAUUAUUUAUCCAUGAUUGAAUUACAUAAAUGUGCAGAUGAUCCUAAUAAAGGAGUUGGUGAGUAUAUUUACAAAAAUACAAAUGCUAAUUACGAUACUGUAUUACAAAAAAAGCCAUUAGAUACACACACACACACACACACACACACACACACACACACACACACACACACACACACACACACACACACACACACACACACACAC